CGGGCAGCAGCCUCCAUGCUGAGCUGUGCUCGGCUUGGCUCGGCUGAGCAGGCUUGCAUGGAGCGUUCUGAAACCUGCGACACAAGUUUUCCUCUCCCUCUGCAAUGCUGGCUGGCGUGCUCUUCCUGCAGGGCUACGUCUUUGUCUCCUGCUUCCUUCUGCGGUAUUGUCUGCUGCGCCUUGAUUGCUUGCUCAGUGAUGAAGUGGCCACACACUGAAUUGGCGCCUAGUUUUUGAACCUGUUCGGUGGUGCUGUCUUUCACUAAGUUGGACAGAAGAGGCAGAGCUAACCUGUUCACUGAUUGGAGGGUCAGCUUUUGCUCAGUAGAAGUACAGUGAUUCUUAGAAAGUUAUAAUGGCCCCUCUCUCGAUCUCAGGAAACAUUGAACCUGUGCGCGCAGCGCACCGGUUUGAUGAGUCAGCGCUCCUUCGAUUUCUGCAAAGCAAUGUGGCUCACUUCCCUCAGCAUCCAGAAACCAAACUUACAGUCGGUCAGUUUGGGCAUGGCCAAUCAAACCCCACCUUCUUGCUGGACGUAAGGUCACCGGCCGGGGAGGGGGGGCGCUUUGUGCUGCGGAAGAAGCCCCCUGGAAAGCUCCUGAAGUCUGCGCAUGCAGUGGACAGAGAGUAUCAGGUCCUCAAGGCCCUGAAUGGGACCGCAGUCCCCGUUCCAAAAGUCAUGUGCCUGUGCACUGACGCCUCGGUUAUAGGCACUGACUUCUAUGUGAUGGAACACGUGGAGGGCCGCAUCUUCCUGGACCCUGGUUUGCCAGAGGUGCCGCCGCCAGUGCGGCGCACAAUGUAUGAGGAGAUGGCCAAAACGCUGGCGGCGAUCCAUGCUGUGGACGUUGACCAGGUCGGGCUGAGCCGGUUUGGCCGCCGGGAUAACUACUGCAAGCGGCAGGUCGAGCGCUGGGCUGCACAGUAUGCUGCCUCAGUCAACUUUCCCGACGCCAAGCCCGACCCCAAGAUGCUGGCGCUCAUUGAUUGGCUGCAAGCGCAUGUCCCGGAAGAAGACGCAGGCGCAGCAGGUCCGAUUAAGGGGCUCGUUCAUGGGGAUUAUCGGCUCGACAACCUGGUGUUUCAUCCAACAGAGCCGAGAAUCAUUGCGGUCCUCGACUGGGAGCUAUCCACUCUUGGCAACCAGCGCUCGGACCUCGCCUACGCCUGCCUGCCCUACCUCUUCCCCACCACGUACCGCCAGCUGUACGCCAUCCCCAAACCGCUCCCCGAAGGGAUCCCCCAACAGUCCGAGUACGUCCUACUGUACAGCUCCUCCCUCGGUCUCCCUGCGCCCUCCUCCGAGCAGUUCGUCUUCUACACCGCGGUCUCGCUCUUCCGGGCGGCGGCCAUCUUUGCCGGCGUCUAUCGGCGAGCGCUCCAGGGGAACGCGUCGUCGGAGCACGCGUCCAAGGCGGGGGUGCUUGUGGAGGCGCUCGCUGACAUGGCGCAUGACGUCAUUGGUCGAAGUCCGGGACGGGACGGGGGAGACGCGGGGCUCAGUCAUGCUCAGCAGAAAUAUGCACCUGGGGGCCUCCCGGGUGUUCCAACCGGGCACUUUGGGAAAGAGACGGAAGGGGCUGGGAAUGAGAGUCAUGCGCUCCAGAAGUAUGCGCCGGGAGGUGUCAAGGGGUCCUCGAAAGAGAAAAGCGGUUCGGCGACUGGGUCGAACGAUCUGAGCCACGCCCAGCAGAAGUAUGCCCCGGGGGGCCUCCCUGGGGUUGCAACCGGGCACUUUGGGAAAGAGUCGGAAGGGGCUGGAAAGGAGAGUCACGCGCUCCAGAAGUAUGCGCCGGGGGCUGUCAAGGGGUCCUCGAAACAAACAAGCGGUUCUGCGACCGGUUCGAACGAUCUGAGCCACGCCCAGCAGAAGUAUGCCCCGGGCAGUGUACCAGGGGUGCCAAUCGGGCACUUUGGCAGAGAGGCGGAUGGGGUUGGGGAGGCCAGUCACGCGCAGCAGAAGUACGCCCCAAGCGAUGCCAAGCAGUCCUCGGGUCCUGAAAACGACUCGGAGAAGGCCGCUGGCGAUCUGAGCCACGCCCAGCAGAAGUACUCACCUGGUGGUCUACCGGGGGUUCCAACCGGGCGGUUUGAGGGGAAGAAUGGGAACCGGGAUGAGAGCCACGCGACCCAACGGUACGCACCGACCACGAUCCAGGGGGUUCCGACCAGCAGUCGUGGCGGCCAGGCGGGGACGUGCUGCUGUGAAGGCGGGUGCGCGAAGGCGUCGCUUGGGUUUGAGCCGAGUGCAAAAGCGAAGGCGCUGAAACAGAAGCUGGAGGCUUUCCUUUUGGAGCACAUCUACCCGGCGGAGCCCACUUUGGACGCGCACUCCAAGUCGGACGUCCGCUGGACUAUCCACCCGCUGCAAGAGGAGCUCAAGCGGACGGCACGUGCCCAGGGCCUGUGGAACCUGUGGGUGCCAAACGAGAUGGGUGAAUCUAUUGCGCGCACGCUUGGGCUGCCGCGGGGCUCGCCGCUGUGCGGGGCGGGGCUGACCAACCUGGAGUACGCGCACUGCUGCGAGGUGAUGGGCAAGUCUGCGUGGGCGCCAGAGGUGUUCAACUGCUCUGCUCCUGAUACCGGUAACAUGGAGGUACUCGCCCGGUACGGCACCCCCGCCCAGCAGAAGCAGUGGCUGCUUCCGCUGCUGGACGGCCGGAUCCGCUCGUGCUUCGCCAUGACGGAACCGGACGUCGCCUCCUCCGACGCGACCAACAUCGAGGCGUGCAUCGCGAAGCAGCCGGGCGGCGCUUCGUACGUCCUGAACGGUAAAAAGUGGUGGACGUCCGGGGCGAUGGACCCGCGCUGCCGCGUCGCGAUCUUCAUGGGCAAAACGGAUCCGUCGCUCUCGAAGCACCGUCAGCAGAGCAUGGUUUUGGUGGACAUGGGUUCCGAGGGGGUUAGGGUGGUUAGGCCGCUAACCGUGUUCGGGUUUGAGGACGCCCCACACGGGCACGCCGAGGUGCACUUUGAGAACGUUCGGGUGCCGGCGGAGAAUUUGCUGCUUGGCGAGGGGCGCGGAUUCGAGAUCGCGCAGGGGCGGCUCGGCCCGGGGCGUUUACACCACUGCAUGCGGCUGAUAGGUGCGGCCGAGAGGGGCAUCGAACUCAUGGUGUCAAGGUCCCGGGCCAGAACGACUUUUGGCAAGACGCUGAGCGAGCACGGGGGGCUGAAAGCGGAGAUUGCCCAGUGCCGCAUCGAGAUCGAACAGGCGCGGUUGUUGGUCCUAAACGCCGCCCACCAGUUGGAUCUGCACGGGAACAAGGAGGCCCGGGUGGCGAUCGCGAUAGCGAAAGUCGUGGCUCCGAACGCGGCGCUCAAAGUGUUGGACCGGGCGAUCCAGGUGCACGGGGGAGGCGGGGUGUGCUCGGACUUUCCGCUGAGUCACUUGUGGGUCGCGGCGCGGACGCUGAGGAUUGCGGACGGGCCGGACGAGGUCCACCUGGAGGCCAUCGGACGGGCGGAGCUCGGACGGUCCAGGUUGUAAGCACCGAGCCAGUUUUGACAUUUUGACACUCGCUGCCCAACGUACGCGUUUUGUCGUUCGAGAGUUCUGGUCGAAAACGUAGAGCUAUGUUGCUGUAGAUAGUGACAGUUAUAAUAGUUCCCAAUUUCGCUCAUCGUACGACAGCAAGCAAGUAUAGUAACACACAUCGAUACGAUUCGGUUCCAAGCAGAAUAUACACGCGCGUCUCAAUUGCAAGCAUCCACCACCUGCGACUU